UACGUUAAAGGCAUUUUCUCGCGAACAAGAGAAUGGUGAGGGGGAAAACUGAGAUAAAAAGGAUUGAAAAUACAGCAAGUAGACAAGUGACUUUCUCAAAAAGAAGAGGUGGACUACUUAAAAAGGCAUUUGAACUCUCAGUUCUUUGUGAUGCUGAAGUUAGUCUUAUCAUUUUUUCUCAAAAAGGAAAGCUUUUUGAGUUUUCAAGUUCAAGUACUAACAAGACAAUAGAACGUUAUCAGAAGAAUGACAAGAAUUUGAGACAUGACAAAAUAUUACUUGAACAGACUACUGAGCAUUUGAAGGAGGAGGUUAUGAGCAUGACUAGGAAUCUGGAGGUUCUUGAAAACUCUAAAAGAAGGCUUUUAGGAGAAGAUUUAGAGUCUUGCUCCAUUGAUGAACUUGAAAAGGUUGAAGGACAGUUAGAUCAAAGUUUAAGAAAUAUUAGGGCAAAAAAGAACCAGCUAUACAAGGAAAAAAUUUCUCUUCUAAAAGACGAGGAAAAAGUCCUAAUGGAGAAAAAUGCAGAAUUGCGGGAAAAGUAUGAGGCUCUACCGCUGCCUUUAUUUAUUGAUCGACAAGAAGAUGAAAGUCCUCAAGCACGAAAAAUGGAGGUAGAUACACAACUAUUUAUUGGAUUUCCUGAAAGAUGA